CUGGACCCAUCUUGAAUGUAGAUGUCCGCCUCUCUUCAACAUCAGAUUGGCUUACUUUAAACAUGGACCCGUCCAUCUCCUUCACUCUUGGAAUUGUAUUUGCUGAAGUGAACAAGUUAUCUCUGCCAGUAUCCUUAUCAGGGAUGAAAGUUAAGCAGAAAUCCGGCACAUUCGAGAUGAGUAUUCUGACUCAAGGUAUUCACCCAUUUGAUGGUACUGUGAUUGACUCAACACGUGACCCGGCAUGUGUCCAGGACAUGACUGUUGCUGAAAUCGCUGACUAUAUUGCAAACAAUGCAUUCUUGAAUACAUAUCUCAAGAGUGCAAGUGCCCUCCUACCGAGUUUUGUAAACGCACUACCAACUGGUACUGAGAUUUUGUUAUCUAACAAAUUACAUUCGUGGGUCACAACAGGAGAUGUGGUCAAGGGUAUCCCUGUCUGUGAUGUCGCCCCGGUGUUCCCUGAUCGACUCUACUCAGUGUUCAAGUUCAACACUGAUACGACUCUAAGUAUAUUCGGACAAAUGAUCAAUAUUCCUGUUGUUGAUGGUGAAGAUGUUUGUCUCAUCGUUGACAUAUUUAACGAUUUAGGGGGCACCAUCAUGUUAACAUUCCCGCCAUCUAUCGCCAAAUCGUUACCGAACAACCGGAAGCGGCGACAGAGCACUGAUAGUUCAGCCUGUCGGAUAUUGAAAAAGAUCCCAAUGACUGCUGAUAUCCUGGGAGACUUAGAUGUAUGUGUGAGGGGUUUGGGAUUUUCUGCAACAAAUGGUUUGAAUGUGCACAAUUCAAAGAACUCACUGCAGUUAUGGAAUGGGGAUGAGAUAUUUAACUACCA